AUGCCCAUGUCCAUGCCCAGUGCUGCCUCGAGCUCGCGUGCCAGUCCGGCUCCUUCACCUUUCGCCAACAACCUGCCUGCUGCCAAAGCUCCCUCUCCGUUUGCCGCCCCCAAAGCUCCGUCAAAGACUGCCUCACCUGCCAACGACAUCUUCGCCAACCUCGUGUCCACAAACGCAAACAAGAACCAAGGCAACCUGAGCCUCCUGGAACGCCAGAAACAACUCCAGCAAGAGAAGACUAAGCAAGAACAAGAGCAGCGUCAGAAAUAUGCCCAACAGUAUGGAGGCGAAGCAAACUUUUGGGACAACCUGGGUAGUGGAAAGGGCACGCCUCAGCCACCAUCACAACGCGUUGCGCCUCGUGCUCAGCACGACGAGGACGACCUACUUGCUGCCUUCAACUCGGCCGCCCCAGUCGACAAGUCGUCUCACUUUCCAGUACCAGCUGCUUCUACUGUGACCAGUGGUCGCAAUACUCCCGCCGUUGCGAACCAGUCCAACUCCACCUCCCUGCUCGCAGACGACGAUGACGAUCCAUUUGGCCUAGGANGCAGCCCCUCAACGCAAGCCAAGUCCUUACCAGNNCCUCCUCAAGCGACUACAAACGACGACGACGACGACGACGAUAUCCUCGGAGAUCUUGGAAAGCCCGUAACUGCCAAACCACCCCGCCGCGAACCUCCUAGACGCGAGCCCGUCGAUGAAGCCUUUGAUGUCAACGCCCGCCGCUCUCCUCCGUCUUCGGAUCCUCUCGACCGUCCGAUAGCCGAACUGGUCGAUAUGGGCUUCCCUGCUGAUAGGUCACGAGCUGCAUUGCAAGAGACGGGAGGUGAUGUACAGUCAGCUGUAGGAUGGUUACUCAAUCAGGCACACCAACAAUCAAAAGAGAGGACACAAAACCGUGGUAGUGCCCGUGCGAGUCCAGUACCUCAGCCUCGUGACGAACCACGACGCGGCAGAGGCGAUGAGGAUGCUUCGGUGCCUGCUUGGAUGCGACAGGAGUCGCGUCCGACUUCUAAUCAGCGCAGACAAGAUAAUGGGACGCCUGCCUCGGAAAAGGAUGUGGCUGCCUAUGCACAAGAGUUUGGUACUUCGUUCCUCAAAUCUGCAGGUUCCCUCUGGAAGACUGGUCAAAAGAACUUGAAGAAGGCCGUUGCCGAAUUCCAGCAGCCCGAGGGUGACACAAACACGCCCAAAUGGAUGAGAGAUGCAAGUGCUGAUAGAGCGCCUACGCGACCCGGACGCUCUUCGACUCCUCGUACAGCAACACCUGCACAGACUGCUGAGGAAUUGACCAACGAGGCUAUGCUUUUGGAGGCAAGAGACGAGAGGCAGCGACCGACAAAGGCGCGUACUCCUGAGAUACGUGAACCUGUUUCUAGACCUGAUUCUAGGGUCCGAUCUCCUGCUCAGGACCUGCCUGUGCGAACUCAGCCGCAAUCACGAUUCGCACAGCAAGCACCGCCGCCGCAGGCUCAACGCCCCAACGCCAAAGUUAGUCGCUUCGACGUUGAGGAAGAAUCAUCACAGGCAUAUGUCAGCUCUGCAAGGCGGAGAAGACCCGCAAAGCCAGAACCACAGCCUGAGCCCGAGGUCGACCUAUUCAGUCCAGCACCUGCUCAGCCGGCUCCACAAAUUGCAUCUACAAGGAACACUCCCGCUCCUCGUCCUGCUGCAACCAAAGCUGCUACACCCGUGCCACAAGCUCCCCGACCCAAAGCGCCGCCACGGAAUAUCCCAUCCAUCUCUCCAUCCGCACUCUCGACAUCUAGCAGCCACCGCCGUGCUGGUACAGAGGCUUUCAAGAGAGGAGAUUUCGAUGCCGCACAUACUUCAUACUCUGCCGCUCUUACCCCACUGCCGUCCACCCACCCUCUGAUCAUCGUUGUACUUUCAAACAGAGCAUUGACAGCCAUCAAGACCGGCGAUCCGAAAGCAGCAGUCGUUGAUGCAGACCGUGUCCUCGAACUCAUCGGGAUCGGCAAGGGUGAAAACGAGAAGAUUGAUCUUGGAGGUGGUGAGGGCGAGAAGGACAUGAAAGAGUUUCACGGCAAAGCACUCAUGCGCAAAGCCGAAGCACUAGAAAACAUGGAGAAAUGGUCAGAUGCAGCUUCAGUCUGGAGAGAUGCCAUCGCAGUCGGAGUAGGCGGCGCUGUAAGUCUACGCGCUCGUGAUCGCUGUGAGAAAGCUGCCACUGGUGGAACAUCAAAACCCGCACUUGCGAAGCCAAAACCUACGCCAGUCACAAGAGCUCCGGCUGGCAAGCUCCAGCAACCCAAACGCCCUGCUGUCCCACAGGUUCAGUCGCAAGAAGCAGUACGCAAACUGCGUGAAGCGAACGCGGCAGCCGAUAGGGCCGAUGACGAAAAAUUCGCCCUGUCCGACCAAGUCGAAGCCAAGGUCACUGCAUGGAAAGGUGGUAAAGCGGACAACUUGCGCGCUCUCCUGGGCAGCUUGGACACAGUGCUCUGGCCCGAAGCAGGGUGGAAGAAGGUCAACAUGAGCGACUUGAUCAUGCCCAACAAGGUCAAGAUAGUGUACAUGAAGGCGAUUGCAAAGGUCCACCCCGACAAGGUAUNNAUCCCGCAGUCGGCUACUACUGAGCAGAAGAUGAUCAGUGGAUCGGUGUUUAGUACGCUGAACGAAGCUUGGGACAAGUUCAAANAGGACAAUGGGUUGUGA